GAGAGCUAUAGAAAGGGGGAUGCUGCAGUCCCGUCCCCUCAUAUCCCACUCCACCCUUACAAUAAAAAAAAAGCAAGCAAGCAGCAGCACGGGUGACGCGCGCGCGGGGAAGCACCCAGCAGUAUGUGCGCGCCCACGGGAGGGGCCGACAGAAAAUGGCGAGUCUGUGCAAACGGCAGCAAUGCACGAUAGAGAGGCGCGGCUUUCGGCAGGAACUUGACUCCUGGAGGCACAAACUCAUUCACUGUGUAGGCUUUGAAAGCAUCCUGGAAGGCUUGUUUGGGCCGGGAGUAGUCAAAGACGUUACGCUUUUCCAAGAUUGCGAGCCCGAGGAAGUGUCCGACUGGUCUUUUGAUGAAAACUGUCUCUUCUGCUGCCUACGACGUGAGAAAGCCAAGGAGCACAGGGCUGAGUUCAGCGCCGGCAGCCAGGUGCUGUCGGAGUGUGACGACCCCAAACAGGAGCAGUCUCGGAUCAGCCGGCUGGAGAGACAGGCUCAAGACUUCCUCAAUGCUGUGUUCCACAGGAAAGAACUCCCGAGUUUCUCAGACCCUCACAUUCCUCUAGUGGCUCGUGAGAUCAUGCAGCGAAUGAUCCGCCAGUUUGCCGCCGAAUAUACCUCAAAAACUACUCAGGACGAACCGCCCCCGCCCAACGGCACCAUGAAGGACCAAAGCCUGCCGAGAGCGGCGUCUCUGGCCACCGCCGCCCCCUGCUCGCCGGGGCCCGCGCCCGCCUCCCCUCCAUCGUCUGCCUCCUCAUCCCCGUCCCCGGGUCUCAGCCCCCCUGCCGCCGCCGCAUGCACCGAGAGCAGUAAUGGCACCAUUAACGGUGGCGGAGGAGGGGGCGGAGCCACUGCUGCUGCCUCUGCACAGAACCCCGUCCUCAGCAAGCUUCUCAUGGCCGACCAAGACGGCCCGCUGGACCUUACAGUCAAGAAGAACCAGCCAGAGGCAGAGCCUACACAGCAGGACGGCGUCCUGGACCUCUCCACCAAGAAGACCCACAGUGCAAGCAGCCCAAAAACCAUCCCGGGCUUCUCCUCGGCACAUGGGCUCAAAGGGCGUUCCCUAAAAGUGGAACAUUCCCAGCCAGAGGUGGACGAGGAUGAUGGCCUGCUGCAGAGAAGCUUGCAGGACGGACUUCGAGACAAUUACAUUAGCUCCAACUCCUUCAAGCCGCCGUUAGCUCGCUCGCUGCGCAUCAAAGAGGAGCUCCUCAGCCAGAAGCACCGCCUCCUCAGCCAGCCUGCUGCUCUUUCAUUGGCCAACCUGGAGUCGGCCGGCCUCCUCAAUCACGGCCAGUCGCACUCCUUGCUCGGCCACAAGGGUUCCUCCUCCUUCUGGGGGAGCAAGGCACACCUCGAAAGCCUGAUGAAGCUCAAGCAGGCCAGCGGUGCUCUCGGCGGAGCCCUCGGCGACCUCAAAGACCUCCCGACGUUUCUGGAGAACCACCACAACCACCACGGAGCCUUCUCCUUCAAGAGUUCCCUCCAUCACCACCACAAUCAGGUCUCCAAGGCCGCACAUCACCACAACGAUGGCAAGCGAGACCAGGGUCAUUCGCCACCUGUUGACCUGAAGAUCCCGCAGGUUCGAGGCAUGGACCUCUCCUGGGAUUCUCACGCCUCUGAGCUGUAUGGCUUCGGGGCGCUCGGCGGGGCGGGCGGCGGACAUGGCGAGAACGCCUUGAGCCGGAAGCUUAGAGCCAUCCUCCCCAAGCAGAACCGCCGGGGGGGAAGUCUCGGGAGCUUGCUGGACGGGGCGGCGGACUACUGGACCGCUGACUUGGACCACUCCGCUUCUGGGCCAGCGUACUCGACAUCCGAUGUGGAAGGGGACCCAAACUCCAAGCAGCCAAGGAAGAAGAGAGGUCGUUAUCGGCAGUACAACACCGAGAUCCUGGAAGAGGCUAUCGCCGUGGUGAUGAGCGGGAAAAUGAGCGUCUCCAAGGCCCAGAACAUGUACGGAAUCCCGCACAGCACCCUGGAGUACAAAGUCAAGGAGCGCAUGGGAACUCUGAAGAACCCCCCAAAGAAGAAACUCAAGCUAAUGAUGAAGAUGGAAGCCGGCGGUGCGGAUUUUCCCGGCGAAUCCGAAAACACGCCUGCCAUGACCCCGCGAGACGACGCACCCCCACUGGCGGAAGCUGAGCUGAAGGACGACGUCAAAGAAGAAAUCGAACCCAUGGUUUAGAGAAACCACCACACGUAAAACCUCAGUCGAAAGACCUUUUGAAAAAAAAACCACGGGGCUUUAUUUGUGCCAAUUUCCUUUGCAGUAUCCGGGUGAGCACAAACGCAGGGAUUCUUGGAGAAAAAAACAACUCAUCGGAACAUUUUUAGUGCUGGAUUGGGAUUGGCGUUCCUGAAGCAUUUGCUUAGGUUUUCUAUCCAAAUGCAACCAGAGACAAAAAAAAUCGAACAAUUUAAUGAAAUUCCCUCAAGCAUGCUGAUAAUCCCUGGCCGGAAAACCCGCAGAACCUGAGAACGCAGUCCGGGCUUUUUUGGGGGGAACAUUCCGAUUUGGGAAAAAAUGACAAAAAAGGACGCUUCAAAAUGAUCUCUUGCAAACAAACAGACAAAUUAACGCCCAUCCGUUAUGGAGUCAUAUUGGCAAACGACUCUUGGUUUUGAACUUGUUUGAAUCACGCCGUCAAGAUUCUUCAUCAGGGUUGCGAAUCCAAACCCGCCUGCCAGGUAGCCAUGAUGCUUUAACUGCAAAACCUUUCUUUCCUCCUUACGAUGUUCUACUGAGUUCUGCGCGGACGGAAGCCACGUUCGGAACGAGAAGACACACAAAAGUCAUUCAGGGAUGCAUGUUUGUGAGUUUUGUGAAAAAAAAAACUACUGACUUCUAAGAUCAUUUCCUCUAUCUUUACUUUUGAUUUAUUUUGCUUUCUUUUGCACUACACUUUGGGUCUGGCGCUUACGGACCAGGUUACCUCGGCAUUGUUGCCCCUCGCAUCAUGCACUUAUUAUGGUCUGUCUCACAAGCCCAGUCGCAAACACGCAUUGGGUCAAGGGGGGUGGGUUCGCCGCUUUUUUUUGCGUGCUGAUCCACAAUCAGAUCCGAAAAAAAAGGUCCCGGACUCUCCGAAUCUGAUUAUGGAUCAGAUGCUUUUAUUAAAAGGUGGCGAGCUACCUCACGGACCUCCAUCAGUGUCUCAUAGCGGAUCCUGGAAUACCGUUGUGAUUCUCUUGGAACGGGUGACCGAGGAUGACGGACUGUACUUAACGACGAAAGGUUUUCCAGGAUCGGCGUGAAACUCGGCUGCUAUCCAGUUGAUGAUGAUUCUGCUCCUAUGCUAAUGUUUUAGUAGCCGGCUUCAGCUAACAAGUUUAGCUCGUCUCGGCUAUCGACGACACUUUCCUGAUGUUUUUCUUUCCUUUUUUUUUUUUUUUUUCUAAUCAAGUGGCUCAGCUAAUCGAGUUCCUCUCCAUCAAAUUUCAAGUUUUAAAGGCAGUUUUACUACGACAAUGUGCAUUUAUAGUGGGGUGUUUGUUUUUGGGGGUGGCGGGUGGGUUCAUAUGCAGUGGGGGUGGGGUAAAGUCAGAUUUAAUAUAUUAUAAAUUAUUAUGACUGAUAAAAAAGCCAAUCGUGAUUCUGGAAGGUUUUAUUUUCUGCUGUUUUUUUUUUUUUUUUUUAACUCAGGGUUAACUGAGACGUGGCUUUCAAAUCCUGUAGGACAGACAAGACUUCUGCUACUCGCUACAAAAGUACGACGUGAUAGCACCUCCACGGUUCAUGUUGACUUUGGCGGAGCUAACUACUACGAUCAAUACUAUCACUACAUCAUAGCACUUUUAGAUACUUCGAGCUGUUAUGCAUGUAGCGUAGCUUCUUCUCCGGAGGAUCACGGCGAAGCAUUAGCUUUAGCGUUUAGCUGCGACCGGAAACCUCUAAGUGGUUUUGCCAGCUAAAACACACUGACGUUCCAGAGUUAGAAACAUACAGAAAAAGGACAAAAGGUGGAAAAAUACAAAAAUGCAGUUUUUGGCUAUCUUCUGUUAGUGAAGCUUUUUUUGUUUGUUCGCGGUUUUGUGUGUUUUUGCUCAUUGUUGCUAUUUCUGGCCUGGAUGAUUCUCUUCUUUAAAUGUACUGCACAUGUAUUUGAUUUGCUUUUUCUUCCAAAUGGCAUGCACCGCUUUGUUUUUGGCUGAUUUUGGGAAUUGGGUAAUUGAAUAUUUAUCGUUUCGAGGAUUACAACAGGGACAAUUGAAUUAGUAUUAGCAUUAGCACCCCCGUCGAUAACUGUUUUAUACAAUCUUCAAGUUUUGUCACGUCUGUGGGCCUGAUUAGGAGGCAUGCACGGCGUAUUGGAAAAGACCACCACACAACAAAAGGGGGGGGGGUCUUCAUGCAUGAAAUGCAUCCAACACUUGAAUAAUGCUGAGCAUUUGAAGUGUCUAAAACGUUCCGAGCGUCAAGUCGAAAUGCGGAAAUGGAAGCACUUGUUUAAACCGCUAACGGGAUUGCGUCACUUUGCUUACCGAAAACAAAUAAGCGGCCAUUUUUAAAUCUCCCCCCCGCAUGUAGCGCAUGGAUUCCUGUUAAACAAGAUUUGCAUGUAAAAAAAAACACACACACACACACACACAAAGUGAUUGGCACUUAUGCGCAACUUUGCAUGGAAAAACUAGCAGCACUUAGACCCCGCCCCCUCGGAACCAUCUGUGAAGAUGUUCUCUCUCCGGAAACAUUCCGCGUUCUCACGAGCGUCCCACUUUCAGCCAAAAAGGUGCAUGCCAUUUACUGUAUUUGACUUUCUAUUGAUUGUUUAUGCUCAUGUGGUUAACCCCCCGCCGCCCCCGCCCCCCCUCUCUACCCAAACAUGACACGACACACUACCAACACUAAUGUAUAUGUACACAAUGCAACACACUCAUGUUGAAUGUAGUCAGCCAUCUGCAGAAACGAUGUCAGUUCAUCCGGAACGUUCUGCUCCAGGUUUUUACUUCACGCCCCGCCCCACCCCCCACCACCACCACGGUGGUGGCGGCGGCGUGGGCGUGCGACAGUAGCCUCCAGUACUGUAAAUGUCUCAGGAUGGAGCCGCCGGGAGGGGCAGCAAUAUUUGUCAGUCGGAAGACAUAACUACCUGAAACUAGAUGUAACUUAUGGACAUAUUUAUAGAAAGAAAUUAUAUGAAAGAUAUAUGGAUCGCAUCUUAUACCUCAUUCUCACAAUAAGGACUUCAUUCCGUGCCUCGUACUUUGCUGCAUCUUGUACUUGGGGGAGCCUAGAGAGGGGACGGGAACUUCUUGUCCGCGGCUAGCGCUUUCUUUUUCUUUUCUUCGCCUUCUUCUUGCUACGGAGGCGGGCGUCAAGUGUCUGACUGACUAAUAUUUGCCACCCUACCUCUUUUGACAAUUUUUGUGUGGGGGAAGGGGUGGUUGCAACAACAAAAAAAACCUUACUGAGGUGUACGAUGUGUCGAAACAGGAGAAGUCCCGAUACCAGUCUUUGCGGGACGCCUCCAAAUGUAUAAUUUCUUCGUCUAGAACAGGGAUCUCCAACCCUGGGUUGAGCUCUUUGUGUUUUAUUUUCUGUGGAACCGCAGUUUUUGGCAUUCAUUUGUUCCAAAAGCUAAACAGACGGAAAAUCGGGCAGUUUUCCGAUUACACUUGUCCCUCGUUUAUCCUGACCGUUGCAACAACAAAAAACUUAACUGAGGUGUACGAUGUGUCCAAACAGGAGAAGUCCCGAUACCAGUCUUUGCGGGACGCCUCAAAAUGUAUCAUUUCUUCGUCUAGAACAGGGAUCUCCAACCCUGGGUUGAGCUCUUUGUGUGGAACCGUUAGUGGAACCGAAGUUUUUGGACAUUCAUUUGUUCCAAAAGCUAAACGGACGGAAAAUCAGGCAGUUUUUUUUUUCCGUAGGAAAUCAUGUAAAUCCGAUUACACUUGUCCCUCGUUUAUCCUGACCGUUGCAACAACAAAAAAACCUAACUGAGGUGUACGAUGUGUCGAAACAGGAGAAGUCCCGAUACCAGUCUUUGCGGGACGCCUCCAAAUGUAUCAUUUUUUCGUCUAGAACAGGGAUCUCCAACCCUGGCCAUGAUUAGAGAUACUUUUACAAAAAUGAAAAAAAUAUUUUCUGUGGAAUCGCAGUUUUUGGCAUUCAUUUGUUCCAAAAGCUAAACGGACAGAAAAUCGGGCAGUUUUUUUUUCGUAGGAAAUCAUGUAAAUCCGAUUACACUUGUCCCUCGUUUAUCCCGACCGUUGCAACAACUAAAAACCUUACUGAGGUGUACGAUGUGUCAAAACAGGAGAAGUCCCGAUACCAGUCUUUGCGGGACGCCUCCAAACGUAACAUUUCUUCGUCUAAAACAGGGAUCUCCAACUCUGGGUUGAGCUCUUUGCGAUUUAUUUUCUGUGGAACCGCAGUUUUUGGACACUCAUUUGUUCCAAAAGCUAAACAGACGGAAAAUCGGGCAAUUUUUUUUCCGUAGGAAAUCAUGUAAAUCCGAUUACACUUGUCCCUCGUUUUUCCUGAAUGUUGCAACAACAAAAAACCUUACUGAGGUGUACGAUGUGUCGAAACAGGAGAAGUCCCGAUACCAGUCUUUGCGGGACGCCUCCAAAUGUAUCAUUUUUUUGUCUAGAACAGGGAUCUCCAACCCUGGCCAUGAUUAGAGAUACUUUUACAAAAAUGAAAAAAUAUUUUCUGUGGAAUCACAGUUUUUGGCAUUCAUUUGUUCCAAAAGCUAAACAGACAGAAAAUCGGGCAGUUUUUUUUCCGUAGGAAAUCAUGUAAAUCCGAUUACACUUGUCCCUCGUUUAUCCCGAUCGCAAAAUGCGAAAGUACGAGUCAAUGUUACUGAACAGAAUAUUUUCACAGAAAGCCUGUUUUCUUACUUUUUAAAUACGAUUUUUAACGUUAUUACAGCCUUGUAGACAUAAAGUAACUCGCCUAUUUGUCAUCUUUAUUCUUUGUUUACAACAUAUUGCACAGACAGACGCCGCUAGUCUAAGAAGCUAGCAAGCAAACUAUUUAGCUUCUCCAGUUUACUUUAGUUUAAUUUAAGAAAGAGCAGAGAAUAAGGACAAAGAAGUAAAAAACUCCAGAUGGAAUGGGAGACCUUUUUAAAUAUUACUGAUUACCAGAAUAUUACAUAUUUUGACUAACAGGCCAUAGUUAACCACAAAACAGUGAUCAAUUAGUGAUCAAAAAUAUGAACAAAUAAGACGUUUUAUCGAGACUUUAAAUGAAUAUAACAAUGCAAAAUGAUCAAUGGAACCUCGGUUAGUGUCUGCUUCGGUUUUUCACUUAACAUCGUAAAUUUACGCCAAAAUUGUAGCAGUUCAUUUUCCGAUUCGCGGACAAUACGGUGUCUUUUCGUACUAUUAACACACAUAACAGUCCAACUGUGUUCUUAAUGUAUUUUUUUAAUCCUAAAAUAUUCUUAACUUCUAACAAAGAAGCUAGUUUGCUCAGUUCCAAAAACGUCCGCCAGAACCAUUAGCCUAUCUAUGGUAUCAUCAAACACAAAACACGGUUUCUUAUGCGGGAAAUUGAUUCAGUUAGCAUCCGUUUUGGUUUGAGUUGGACCUUCUGAAACGAAUUAAUGACGCUAACCAAGGUUCUGUUGUGUAACCGAGGUUCCGUAUGAUACAGAACAAAGCAAACAGACUAGAACUAGUUUGUUACUUCUAGUUUGUCAUAUUGGAUGAAAGUUGAGACGGUGUACGAAAACCGAGACAAAAUUUUUGUUGAAAAAGUGAAGUUUGAAUAUAAAGUUUGACCGCAUGUGACUGACCACAGAUAAAUUAUGCUUUUCUAUUAUUAUAUAUCGCUACUCAAACAAUGGCGUUGUUGUCUUUAUGCCAGUUUGCGGCCAUUUGUGCUUAAAUAAUUAAUAUACUGUCUUUAUCCAAACACUAAGUUUUGAUGAGCUACUUGUUGGAGAUCCCUGCUCUAGAACAUCCAAACUUUUUUGGUUUUUCAGUCGUCCGGUUUCACCCCUGAGGUCAUUUGUUAGCGUGGUGGCGCACAGAAACAAAAAAAAAUCGUAGGAAAUCCGACUCCUUGGUGAAACUGGACACUUUUUGUUUGAUGGACUUUCUCAUGCGAGGAAUCCGAGACCUGAGACGAGACGCUCGGAGAGAUCGAGGGACAGGUGGAUGACUUAACCUUCCUUUCUCCGCUGUGGUUUUUGUUUUUAUGUAUUUUAUAUUAAGACAGGAAGCAGCCACCCCACAGGAAGUGUACGUUUAUAUGACGGAAAUAGCUCUAUUGCUAUAGAUCUUAUAUUUAUGUUUAUACGUGCUUCGCUAAAUCAGCAUUUCUUCUCAUUGUCGCUUCUUUUUUUUCUUUUUUUUAACGCCUGCUCGACUUUUCUCGAGUGAAAGACUGCCGGGACAAAAACGAAAACUGCGGUAACCUCAUAGACGCUACGUGACCCGCCAUCUUUGUGGUUGCUUUUCUUUCUCUCGCCCUCAUGCCGUGCUCGCUUCUGGUUGUCGUGGAUACCUCAGGUCUGACCACUUUAAAGCAGUUGAUUGUAUGUUAGCGACACACACACACACACACACACAUAUGUGUGCACACGCACACGGCGUGAAGAGUCAGGAUAUAAGUAACGCUAUUUUGUGUUGUGGCGUCUUUUACUUUUGUUUUUCUUACUAGAUCCUUCUCAAGUCAGGUUAGAUGUGAGUACAUUGUAUUCUCUCGAGCACACACACACACUACACACACACACACACACACACACACACACACACACACACUGGUCGUCAGGUAGCCAUACUUUGAGUGGGCGGGUUUAUACGAUUAAUUAUGAGGCGCCGCAAGCUCGCCGCGUCUUUUUUAGCAGCAGGUGGGUGUUUUUGGUCCACCUGUCAGCGCUGCCUCUGUGGAAAUCUUUUGUUUGCAACGUUCCUCGCCUUGGCCUUGGAGUCACUCGCUGGUCGGCCAUUGUUCGCAUCGUUCCCGAUGACAAUUGGACUCAUAGGAAUCAGUAGUGGUGUAACCUGCCUGGUCCAGCCAGCCCUGGAUUCAAACCAGGGGCUGCAGAUGCAGUGCCAACGUACUCCUGCAUUCGUUACAGUUGGACCAAGCUAGCGGUCCGAAGUGCGUCGCAUUUCCCCAUCUUAGAUCUCUGGCUUUUAAAAGCCAGCAAUCAGCGGGGGAGCUAAUGGGGGAGCUAAUAGAGGAGCUAAUAGAGCUGCUAAAAUGCGCACUGCCUUUUUUUGAAAUGUCAAAGCGUUUGCAAGGAUUGCAGGGAACAGAGUAGUUGUGGGAAGCUGAAUGGGGAACUUAAAAGGCCAAACGCUCCGCAGGAAAGAUGCUUGUCAAGCGUCAUCGCCGCCUUGCUUUUAGACUUCGUGGCUCAGGGAUUGGGGCUUAGUGUUAAGUUGAAAGAUGCAUUCGCUGAUGAUGUAGCGAGGGGUUCAAGUUUAGGGCAUGGGUGGCAAAAGUGCGGCCCUGGGGCCAUUUUCGGAUUGCCACAUGGGAUAUUGUAAAAAUACAAUUAUGGACAAAAAUGACACAAAUCUGAAUGGUCAGCUGUAACACAGAGCUAAGAGGUGGCUAGAUUCCACAUUACAAAAAGGUACACAAAGAUUUAGAGUAGCUACUGAGGAACUAAUGUCCCAGUCACAUACAUUUAGAGUAGUUACAUAGGAACUAUUGGGGAACUAAUGACCAAGUGACAUAAAUUUAGAGUAGUUACAAAGGAACUAAUGAAAACUAGUGAGCAACCAAUGACUAAGGCACAUACAUUUAGAGUAGUUACUGAAAAACUAAUGACAGAGUCACAUAAAUUUAGAGUAGUUCCUGAGGAACUAAUGGCUGAGUCACAUAAAUUUAGAGUAGUUACAGAGGAACUAAUGAAAACUAGUGAGCAACCAAUGACUAAGGCACAUACAUUUAGAGUAGUUACUGAGGAACUAAUGAUCAAGUCACAUAAAUUUAGAGUAGUUACAGAGGAAUUAACAAAAACUAGUGAGGAACCUAUGACUACGGCACAUACGUAUAUUUAGAGUAGUUACUGAGGAACUAAUGACCAAGUCACAUGCAUUUAUAGUAGUUACAGAGGAAUGAAAACUAGUGAGCAACCAAUGACUAAGGCACAUGCAUUUAGAGUAGUUACUGAGGAACUAAUGUCCAAGUCACAUAAAUUUAGAGUAGUUACAGGGAAACUAAUGUAAACUAGUGAGCAACCAAUGACUAAGGCACGUACAUUUAGAGUGGUUACUGAGGAACUAAUGGUGGAGUCAUAUGCAUUUAGAGUAGUUACAGAGGAAUCAAUGAAAACUAGUGAGUAUCCAAUGACUAAGGCACAUAUACAUUUAGAGUAGUUACAGAGGAACUAAUGACCGAUUCACAUAAAUUUAGAGUGGUUACAGAGGAACUAUUGAGGAGCGAAUGACAAAGUCACAAACAUUUAAAGUAGUUACAGAUGAACUAUUGAGGAACUAAUGACUAAAGCACAUACAUUUAGAGUAGUUACCGAGGAAGUCAUGAGUUUGUUCCCCAUUAGCUAGCAUCAUUUUGUGUACCUUAUUGUAAAGUGUUUUUUAUGUCCACCCAUUCAGGCUAAACUUUAGGGAAAGAGUUGAGGAUGAGUUUAGGGUUCCAAACGUCCACAUUGGAAGACAUUUCCUCAGCCUGGCAGGAAAUGGGAAGACCGCGUGGUGGUGAUAAAGGCCGCUAAUGCUAACGCCACUGCAAUUAAAAGCGCAGAAAGUCCACUCAGGCAGCGACACAAACAGCCCACCUGAUGCUCCACAGACUCCGAGCGUAUUUCCGAGCGCGUCCCCGCGGCAACCCUGUAACGUGGUUCCGUUGCGGGAUGCGCGUCAUGUCCCUUUUCAAAGCGGCGCCUCCCCGCAGACGUCGCCUCAUCCUGGUGUCCUCUGCCUCCGAACGGCCUCGGGUGUGUCUGCUACCUCAGUCCUCAAGAGGACGGCACGUUGAUUGUCUUUCAGAGCGCUUUAGGAGGGCCUACUCGGAAGAGGUCCACGCCGUUUUGACUUUAUUAAGUGCAAACUGCUUCCUUCACCUCUGCCCUCAGCAGCCAUUUUGUGGUUACUCCCUCGAGGGGAGGGGGGGCUGCUGUUUUGUUGUCUUAUAUUUUUCUGACGGAUCGGAAGCCAAUUCAUGUUAAAUAUUCCUUCGCCGGCCUCGUUGCUUGUUGUCUUUUUGACGUUCUUUGACGACGUUUCCCAAAACGUCAAGCCACGCCGACUCAGGACGGACUUCCACUGCCAAAAGAAACGUGGACGAGACGCAGCAUCUCUUCUGAAAAGGAUCUUUGAGAAAGCCCCUUUGGCUUCUGUUGACUCAUCGCUUGAUUUUCUUUUUCAGCCAAAUACUUUUCAGUGCUUUAUAAAACAGCGAGGAUUGUA